UUGCUCUCGUUCUCGGUGGGAAAGUAAAAGAUGAAUUUCGCCGAACAACAGCCCGCGGUCAUCGGAGCUCCUCCCCCAUCGGGAUAUGCAUGUCCACCAGGACAACAACCUCAACCGCAGCAGCUCUAUCCACCAGGACAACAACCUCCAUUGGCAUAUCCAGGAGGACAACAACCUCCAUAUGCAUAUGGCAGUCAGCCCUACCCCCAGCCCUAUCCCCAGCAGUACCCCCAGCGGUACCAGAACGAUUGUUGUUGCUUCGCCGAAUUAUGCUGUUUCUAGGGUGGUGGAGGCAAAACUUGGAAUUUAUUGGACGAG